AUGGUCUUCGCUGCCUUGAGGUUUGUGACGCAGGAUGAUAAGCCUUUGGAUGCCGCUUAUGUGAAAGACGAAACUGCGAAAUCCAGAACCGUUGUAAUUUUAAACGCAAUGGAGCGCCAGUCGGUCGAGAACCUGCAGGCUCUCACUAUUCUCGCUUUCACUGAGAUUGGCAAUGGCGCCACACAUAGGGCCUGGUCGUUCGUAGGGUCCCUGACCAGGACGGUAGAAUACUUGCAGUUGACUGUCGAGGCAGAGGAUCGUGAGAAGCGUAAUGGUCUACUAAAGCAGGCAUUCCAACUGCAUGAUCCGACGUCCUGGGUGGAGGAAGAAGAGAGGCGACGAGUCUUCUGGAACAUCUUCAUUCUCGACAGCUCGAACACGAGUCUUACGGCGGCAGACGUUAGCCGGAGAUUGCCGAUAUGUGGCGGUCACUGGUAUCGUGAAACGCCAGCAACCACCCCGUACUUUGGGAUAUGGGAUCGAUCUGCAGCCAAUAUUAAUAAAUCUGUUACCUUCCUCCCUGCACGUUAUUGGAGCACUUCACCAAAACACGUUGAUGCUUAUGAGGCCAGCUCUACGUCACCGAGCGCUCCCCAACCUGGACCGCAUUUCGAAAUGGUAGAUAUGUCAAACGUUGGGGCUUUCGCUUAUUUUGUGGAAUCUAUGGAGUCACUCAGUCGAGUGAUCGCGUACUUUCUGAAUCAGAAGAUCAACUUCGACGAUAAACAGGAAGUUUCGAAUUGGCUUAUCCGCUUCAAAGAGCUUGACCUUCGGCUUGUUCACUGGAAACUAUUUCUACCGCAGCAGUGGAAAGACUCAGGUGUAUCUCGCAGAGCCUUUCCUGGUGUCAUGGAUCCUAACAUGACGGUUGCACAUACUAUUCAUAACGCCUCAAUGAUUCUUUUGCAUCAGCGUAUUGCGUACCCUGAGCCGGAUCUGACAAGUAUCAAGCUGCCUAGUUCUUAUAGUGCCGAGACCUGCCAGCAUGCUGCUAUCGAGACAGCCAACAUCACCCGGAAGUAUCUAGAGACUACUUCAAGAAGUUUCCCGGUGUCACCACAGCUAGCAUUUUCAGCUUUCGUUAGCGCACGACUUUUGUUAGGUGGGUUAUAA